UGACAUUCCAGUAAAACUGGUUGUUGAGCGGACGCUCUCAAUAUUUGCGCAUACGAGGAAAUACUCACACUUGGUGCAUAAAGAAGAAAGUGUGCCAUCUAAAGUGCAGUUUCAACAUGGCUUGUGCUCAACGCUAUCUUAACAAAGUUGUCAUCGUAACUGGAGGCUCUAAAGGCAUUGGAAGAGGGAUCGUGAAAGUGUUCGUGCAGAACGGGGCCAAAGUUGUGUUCUGCGCUCUAGGGGUGGAAGAUGGAAAGACUCUGGAGUCUGCGCUGAAUAAGGAAGGGCCGGGCUCGUGCAUGUUUGUGUCUUGUGACAUGACGAAAGAGGAUGACAUCAAGCGGUUAAUAAAUGUUACGGUGGGCCAGUUUGGACAAAUAGACUGUUUGGUAAACAACGCUGGGUGGCACCCCCCUCAUAAGGCCACAGAUGACACUACAGCAGAGGAGUUUAAAGACCUGCUUAAUCUGAAUCUUAUAAAUUACUUCCUUGCUUCUAAGUAUGCAUUACCCUAUUUGCGCAAAACGCAAGGCAACAUCAUUAAUCUGUCCAGCCUGGUAGCCUCUAUUGGUCAGAAACAUGCUGCUCCUUAUGUGGCAACCAAGGGGGCGAUUAUUUCCAUGACUAAAGCAAUGGCCGUGGACGAGAGUCGGUAUCAAGUGCGAGUCAAUUGCAUCUCUCCAAGUAAUGUAAUGACACCUCUGUGGGAGGAGCUUGCCAGCCAGACUGAAAACUCAUCUGCUACUAUUAAAGAAGGAGAAAAUGCACAGCUAAUUGGUCGAAUGGGAACUGAGGCUGAGAGUGGAUUGGCUGCCCUCUUCCUGGCAGCUGAUGCCACUUUCUGUACUGGCAUAGAUUUGUUUCUGAGUGGAGGUGCUGAACUUAACUAAGGCUUCAAAAGCCAGGUUACAUAAUUGGACAGGAUUGAUAAAACAAUAUGGAUGCAUUCCACAUAGACAGAUGUUUUUUGUUUGCUUGAUGGUGCUUGUUCUAAAUGCUGAUUUGCAUUUUUACCACAAGUUGAGUGUGGUAAUUUUUUACAUUUUUUCCCCAAACAAUUUAUGUGAUAUAUUAUGACAUUCAUUUUUCAAGUUAUUGACAAUGAAAAUAUGUUUGACUACUUGCUGACAUUUGUGCACAAAUUAAUACAAAUUGAUUUACAGCUGACAACAAUAGUUUACAGAACGUUGUUCUUUUUCUUACAGAGUAUCUUUAAAAGUGAUGAAACGAUAUAAGGUUUUAAAAACUUUUAUUGAUAUAUAUAAGUAUACAGUAUGUGAAAGGGAUCUGAACAAUCUGAACUGUGAAUUACUGUGAUGUUUGAUCAUAUAGGCUGAAUGCUUUAAAAUACAUGACUACGGACCAGCAUGUUUGUUGCACAAUAAUCACAUUUUAACCCUAAUCUUUAAAAUUGUAUGCAAAAAUGUGCUCAGUAAAUGUUUUACCUUA